UCUAUUUCGGAGGGUGAUUUUAUUUUUUUGUGAGAGAGAAAAUAUAUUUUAGAGAGAGAAGGUGUGGAGCUGUAUAGCACAUGGCUUCGUUGCCGCUGGGACCUCACCAUCCUCCGGACCAUGACCCCUUGAAGCUAGCGCUUCGCCGGCCGGAGAUGGACUCCGAAAAGGAAAUGUCAGCUACUGUCGUUGAGGGGAAUGAUCAAGUUACUGGUCACAUCAUUUCCACUACCAUUGGAGGCAAAAAUGGUGAACCCAAACAGACCAUUAGUUACAUGGCAGAACGUGUUGUGGGUACGGGAUCAUUUGGAGUCGUGUUUCAGGCAAAAUGUUUGGAAACUGGAGAGACUGUGGCUAUAAAGAAGGUACUGCAGGACAGGCGGUAUAAAAACCGGGAGCUUCAGUUAAUGCGCUUGAUGGAUCACCCAAAUGUGGUUUCUUUGAAGCACUGUUUCUUUUCAACAACAAGUAAAGAUGAGCUUUUCCUAAAUUUGGUCAUGGAAUAUGUACCUGAGACUAUGUAUCGGGUUCUGAAGCAUUACAGCAAUGCAAAUCAAAGAAUGCCACUCAUCUAUGUGAAGCUCUACACUUAUCAGAUAUUUAGGGGUCUAGCUUAUAUUCAUGCUGUUCCUGGAGUUUGUCAUAGGGAUGUGAAGCCUCAAAAUCUUCUGGUUGAUCCUCUCACGCACCAGGUCAAGCUUUGUGACUUUGGAAGUGCAAAAGUUCUGGUCAAGGGAGAAGCAAACAUAUCAUACAUAUGCUCUCGUUACUACCGGGCUCCGGAACUCAUAUUUGGUGCAACAGAAUAUACAACAUCAAUUGAUAUCUGGUCGGCUGGUUGUGUCCUUGCUGAGCUUCUUCUGGGGCAACCAUUGUUCCCCGGAGGAAAUGCAGUGGACCAACUUGUAGAGAUUAUCAAGGUUCUUGGGACUCCAACUCGAGAAGAAAUUCGCUGCAUGAAUCCAAAUUAUACUGAUUUUAGGUUUCCUCAGAUUAAAGCUCACCCAUGGCACAAGGUUUUCCACAAACGGAUGCCUCCUGAAGCAAUUGAUCUUGCUUCGCGGCUCCUUCAAUACUCUCCAAGUCUGCGCUGCACCGCCCUAGAAGCAUGUGCCCAUUCUUUCUUUGAUGAGCUCCGGGAGCCCAAUGUCCGUCUUCCAAAUGGUCGUCCUUUGCCCCAUCUUUUCAACUUCAAACAGGAAUUAGCUGGAGCUUCACCUGAGUUGAUCAACAGGCUGAUACCGGAGCAUGUCCGGCGGCAAGUUGGCCUUAGCUUCUGUCAUCCGGCCGGGACAUAAGCCAGUUGAUGUAAUGUGGAAUCAACUCUUUUGCCAGUCGAUGGAUGUGGAACUGAUUGUUAGCCAGUGUUUUGUAUCACCUGGUGUUUUGGAUUAAGUAACCAGCGGUUGUCCUUGCCCAGCAUAUGCAUAUAUUUGCUCUUCAGCUGAACCAGGAAUUGGGUGAUUCUGUUACCAUGUCAUAGCUAAAGAAAACUUUUCACCGCCACUGUACAUUGUUUUGAUCCUGAAGAUUUCAAGAAAGCUGGGAGUAGAAAUUGUAAUGUUACUAUUCAUGUUUAGCUGGAAAGAUAAUAUGAUGAAACAGCAAGGGCAGUUAGAGCUCUUUGUAGUCUGGGUUGUUUUUACUUGAAUGGUCAUGUUUCUACUUAUUCUGUUUGUUUUUGUGGCU